AUGAAGUCGCCGAUUCUCUCGCUCGUCCUCGGCCUCUGCCGACGAAAUUCAUGCAUGACGUCUCGACUGAAGGUGGCGGUCGUGCUGAUGCUUGCAACUUCGUUGGCAUUGCCUCCCACAACAUUUUAUUUGACGUUGAAGGCGCUGGCUGCCGGUCCCCAGAGCUCUAACUCGAAAUGCGCAGAGGAUCCGGCGGAUCCAGGUGCGAUCCAAUGCACCUGCGAUCCAGCAGACUCUUCACCCCAAAAGCUGACGGCAACGAUCUCGGAAGACAAAACACGUAUGCAGCUGCUCUGCAAAACGGGCAUGACAUUUGCUCCGGCUGCGUUGGAAGAGUCGAUGGUUUGCCCAGCUGGUACUGAGGACCUCUGUGAAUGCGAAAAGCCGCCAGUGAAAGAAGGAACACCAUGUUUCCCCAUUUCGGAUCUCUUCUCCGGGGAGGACAGCAAGGUACAGUGGACACCGGACAAGUCAAAAUCCGACCAAAAUACCGACAAAACAAUGUUCCUCCGUAUUCCAAAGGAAAACCUCCCGCACAGACAGGAAAAAUUCAUGGUAGGUUGCCUGCAGAAGACCGAAAAGAAAUGCCAAAUCACUGUCACGAUCGAAGCCAGAAAAACGGUGAUGCAAGAACGGAAGGUCAUGUGUGCCUAUGGCAAAGACAGCAACAACAGCAAACAACACCAAACCAUCACACUCACCCCCUCGCAAAACAGCUUCACGCUCGUCUGCGGCGCCGAUGGAGACGUUCUUCCUGCCGACUACAACAGCCAUUAUUGCCCAGUCACCGAAACCCCGACGGAUGCACAAGCAUCCUGCAGCGGCAAUUAUGAAUCGAUUUUCCCUGCGUAUAACUCGAACUGGUGGAAGCCGUCCGAGCCAAAGUCGUUCACGUUUGAGGUCCCGGCUGACCAGUUCCCUGAGAAGGAUGCUACGAUUUCCCUCGGGUGCCGGCAGAAACCGAGUGGCGAUGUGAAUGGGCACAAGACUGUUAGUGAUGUAGCUGAGACGAGCGUUUGUAACGUGGAUGUGACGGUUGAGGGCACUGGAGCGGCGAGUUCCUCCUCGCCAUGUCUGUCUGCUCUCAUGCCAUUUUUGUCGUCACUUUUUGGUGUGGUUAGCGUGUGCAUGGCCUUCUCUGAUUAG